GCCGGAGACAGAGCACCACCGGCGAGCGACACUCAGCGCGGCACCGGCCCCGGGCCGGCCAGCAGCGGCCGGCGAUGUUCCCCCGGGAGGCGACGUGGAACAUCUCGUUCGCUGGCUGCGGCUUCCUGGGCGUCUACCAUAUCGGGGUGGCCUCCUGCCUGCGCGAGCACGCGCCCUUCCUGGUGGCCAACGCCACGCACAUCUACGGCGCCUCGGCCGGGGCGCUGACCGCCACGGCGCUGGUCACGGGCGCCUGCCUGGGCGAGGCUGGUGCCAACAUCAUCGAGGUGUCGAAGGAGGCUCGCAAGCGCUUCCUGGGCCCGCUGCACCCCUCCUUCAACCUGGUAAAGACCAUCCGCUGCUGCCUGCUGAAGACCCUGCCCGCAGACUGCCACGAGCGGGCCAGCGGGCGACUGGGCAUCUCCCUGACCCGAGUGUCGGACGGCGAGAACGUCAUCAUCUCCCACUUCCACUCCAAGGACGAGCUCAUCCAGGCCAAUGUCUGUAGCACCUUCAUCCCCGUGUACUGCGGCCUCAUCCCGCCCACCCUCCAGGGCGUGCGCUAUGUGGACGGCGGCAUCUCAGACAACCUGCCCCUCUACGAGCUCCGCAACACCAUCACCGUGUCCCCCUUCUCGGGCGAGAGCGACAUCUGCCCGCAGGACAGCUCCACCAGCAUCCACGAGCUGCGCGUCACCAACACCAGCAUCCAGUUCAACCUGCGCAACCUCUACCGCCUGUCCAAGGCGCUCUUCCCGCCGGAGCCCAUGGUGCUUCGAGAGAUGUGCAAGCAGGGCUACCGGGACGGGCUGCGCUUCCUGCGACGGAACGGCCUCCUGAACAGGCCCAACCCUUUGAUGGCGCUGGCCCCAGCCCGUCCCCAAGGCCCUGAGGACGAGGACACGGAAGAGGCGGAGGCCAUGCUGAGGGGCCACCUGCCAGCGCGGGAGGACCGCCGCAUCCUGGAGCACUUGCCCUCGAGGCUCAAUGAGGCCCUGCUGGAGGCCUGCGUGGAGCCCAAGGACUUGCUGAGCACGCUGUCCAACAUGCUGCCUGUGCGACUGGCCACGGCCAUGAUGGUGCCCUACACACUGCCCCUAGAGAGCGCCGUGUCCUUCACCAUCCGCUUGCUGGAGUGGCUGCCUGACGUCCCUGAGGACAUCCGGUGGAUGAAGGAGCAGACGGGCAGCAUCUGCCAGUACCUGGUGAUGCGGGCGAAGAGGAAGCUGGGCAGCCACCUGCCCUCCAGGCUGCAGGAGCAGGUGGAGCUGCGGCGCGCGCAGUCCCUGCCAUCCGUGCCGCUGUCCUGCGCCGCCUGCAGCGAGACCCUGCCCGCCUGGCUGCGCAGCGUGCUGCUGGGCGACGCGCUGGCGCGCUGGGAAGAAUGUCAACGCCAGCUGCUGCUCAGCCUCUUCUGCACCGACGUGGCCUUCCCGCCCGACGCCCUGCGCAUGCAUGCGCCCCCACCCCCCUCACCCCCGCAGCACCCUCCCGGCCUGCCCCCCUGCUGAGCGCCUCUCCGCCGGGUCCCCUGCUAAGGGCCGGCCAGGUCCCCCACCCCCCCGGCCCCCUGCCUGCCCAGUGAGGCGGGGCCCCAGGGUGACAGGCCCCUGGGCCCCCUCCCUUCCCCCACUGCCUUGGUGACCACCGGUCCCCAGAGUUGGCAAGGGCAGGCGGGCAGGGUGCUCUCCACCUUGAACACCACCCUGCCACCGCCGUGCUCGCUCGCUGGAGAGUAUUUAUUUUCGCCAAAGCAGAUGAAAUAAACGUCACGCUCACCCGGCUCCUUCA